AUGUCGGUGGCUGUGGAGACCUUUGGUUUCUUCAUGGCAGCUGCGGGGCUGCUGAUGCUGGGUGUGACUUUGCCAAACGGCUACUGGAGAGUGUCCACUGUGCAUGGGAAUGUCAUCACCACCAACACCGUCUUCGAGAACCUCUGGUACAGCUGCGCGACCGACUCCCUGGGAGUCCACAACUGCUGGGAGUUCCCGUCCAUGCUGGCCCUCUCCGGGUACAUCCAGGCCUGCCGGGCACUCAUGAUCACCGCCAUCCUCCUGGGCUUCCUGGGCCUCUUCCUGGGCAUGGUGGGACUGCGCUGCACAAACGUGGGGAGCUUGGUGCUCUCCAGGAAAGCCAAGCUGGCGGCCACUGCCGGGGCCCUAGACAUACUGGCUGGUUGCUGUGGGAUGGUGGCCAUCACCUGGUACGCCUCCAACAUCACCCGGGACUUCUUUGACCCCUUGUAUCCAGGAACCAAGUACGAGCUGGGCCCCGCGCUCUACCUGGGCUGGAGCGCCUCCCUGCUGGCCAUCCUGGGCGGAGUCUGCCUCUGCUCCAACUGCUGCUGUCCUCCCGAAGAGGACCGCGCCACCAGCAACCGGCUGCCCUACAAGGCCUCCACAGUGAAGUCCGCUGGCCCUGCUGCCCACGCGCGCCCCACAGCAUCCUCGUAUGACGAUGACAUCAGCUUCGGCAAAUAUGGGAAAAACGCUUACGUGUAG